ACAUUCGUUGGACUGCGUUUGCCCGGUGCACUUACUAUAUCCUUGUUACGUUGUGUGAUUCAGUGACUGUUGUACGUACUGGUUAAGGUUGGACAAGUGUUAAAGUGAAUUGUUAAGAUAACAUAUUGUUGAUCAAAUCAGAAAUCAAAGGUGACUUCGUGUUACUUGGUGUUCAACAAAAUAAUGUCUACCCUCAAGCUUAUAUCAGAAGUGUCGGACUCACCUCCACUGCAGUCAUCAAAUAAUUCGGCCAACAAUAUGAUGUUUGAACAAAUGUCAUUAUUUUCAUCUGGGAUGGAAGCCAUGUUACAAAGAAUCACUGAAAGUAUGUCAGUUCAUCGACCUAGCCAGAGCUCACCAACCACAUUGGUCAAUUUUGACCCGGAUGAACCGGAGGCUGAUGUUGUAAAUUGGUGUACGCUGAGCGAAAUGAUCAUCGAACAGAAGAAAUUGGAUGGUGUAGAUUUAAUUUUGACUAUCACACAUUCGCUUAAGGCUCGAGCUGCUACUUGCCUCACAAAAAUACAGCCUGCAAAACCUGAACAACCUCCUCAUCCGUGGGCGCCCGGCUCUCGCCUGCAAGUCUGCUGUUACGUGUGCGGUGAUGCGAGCCAUGUAGCUUCUGGGUGUUCCAUGCGCUACAAGAAGAAAAACGACACUGCUCCAGGUGCUGUGGCAGGUCCAACCAGAGACGUCAACGUGUGUUCCAGAGCUUCAGUGUGUUACAGAUAAGUGGUUUUGGCUUCCCCUUUAUGUUCCAUUCAGGGUCAGAAUGUAGUCUUAUAAAACAAAGCCAUAGUAAUUUAUUCAAUGGUAAGCGGUUUCAUGAACAAGUCACUCUUUGAUCUGAAAGUAACUCGGACCAAUCAUGGCAAGAGCAGUUAGGGGAUAUUCAACUCGCCCUUAAUAGUACACGUUGUCGAGUAAUAGGGUUUACUCCAAUAGAAUAGAUGUUUACCGUUCAGGGUAGUUCACUUGAAAUAUCUAAAGUUUCAACAGAGUGAUAAUCCCUCUAAAUUAGAUGUUGAUUUAGCACGCUCGAAGGCCUGAGAAAAAAAAAAAAAAAUGGGCACAAACAGAAGCUUGGUUUAGUCGAGGCAAAGCUAAGGUCAAACUCUUUUCCGCUGGGGAUUUUGUUUUCGUAAAUUAGACCGAAAAUAUAAAGGUCCCUUCAACAUUACUGCACCCCGAAUCCUGAUCACGCAGGAGCAAGUCACCGUCGUCGCCCUAGACACGUCCUUACGGAUCCAUCAGAUCCAAUAACUCUUACAUUAGAUACCUUCAGCUCUAACACUAGGAGCAGGCUGAGGAACUCCGGUAACCGUACUCGUCGAGCUCGACAAAGAGGUCGACGUGCAAACUCAUGCAUCAGCCCGCUGAGUUUCUCGACGGAUCUUCUCAGUGGGUCGCGAUUCCGAUCCGGUAGUAGAUUCAUUCGCGAAGCAAUUGCUCUUGAGUUGUUAGGUCUCCUUCGGAGGCGCUCGGGCAGUUGUUAGCAAAUCCCACCCCUCUUGGCUGAGCCUUUGCUCGCCCACCCGUCCUGGUGAAGCUGGAAAGGCCUCCGGGCCACCAGUAAUCAUUCAAUCAUUAAAAAAAAAAAAAAAAACAUUACUGCAGUUUUGGAAAACGACAGGUAUAAGUUGAGAUAUGUAAAUGGUACUAAUAGUGUACAAAUUUCCCCAUGAAAACUUACCCGAAGUACCUCGAGGCUCGUCAGGCCUACUAGAAAUUUCUGAAAAUUAUAGUGACGAUGACGUGACGGCGUACACAGAUGGGUUAAGUAAUCUUGUUCAUGAAACUGAUCUUAAUGAUGACGACUCUAUCACUGACAAUAGAAGCGACAUUUUUAUCCGCAAAUAGCGAUACUAUGUCUGUGGGUGGUGAUACAAUGUCUGUUAGGUCAGGCACCUCGGGUGCAGGUGUUGGAAAUGUAGAAAACGAUGGUUGGUCUCGCACUAUUUCUGAAGAAAGUCCGUAUAAAUAUUCUAGUCUAAGAAAUGUUUCAAGAAAUGCUACCGUACACGCAGAGUGAAAAAAAAAAAAGAAAAAAAAAGAAAAAAAAGUGUGUGUGUCCGCUCCGACGCACGACUGGAGUUUACUGGAUAUAAAAAAUUAAACGAAACAAUACGAGAAAUAGUUCUAUAUUACGACAACACGAUACACUACAGAUUAUUAACAAAUUAACGAGACACAAAACAAACGACUAACAAAUAUAUGAAAAUACAAUAAUGAGAGAAACGCGCGAUCAGUACGAGGCUUUGUGGCGGACUGCCGGCGCAGCAGCCCGGCGUCACCUGCGAUAACGCGGCCGCGCGUUGGCUCCUGAUUGGCGCGCGCACGCAUCACGCAAUCAGGAGCCAAUCAGGCGCAUAACGCAUUUCGUGUGACAUGCUAGUACGAUUUUGAUUGGCGCGCGCACGCAUCACGCAAUCAGGAGCCAAUCAGGCGCAUAACGCAUUUCGUGUGACAUGCUAGUAAGAUUUUGAUUGGCGCGCGCACGCAUCACGCAAUCAGGAGCCAAUCAGGCGCAUAACGCAUUUCGUGUGACAUGCUAGUACGAUUUUGGUCCCCAUAAUUUUCAUACCCCGGGCCUAUAUAUGUAAAUCGAUUCUAAAGGAGUAAACUCCAAAAAAAAGUGUGUGUGUCCGCUCUGACGCACGACUGGAGUUUACUGGAUAUAAAAAAUUAAACGAAACAAUACGAGAAAUAGUUCUAUAUUACGACAACACGAUACACUACAGAUUAUUAACAAAUUAACGAGACACAAAACAAACGACUAACAAAUAUAUGAAAAUACAAUAAUGAGAGAAACGCGCGAUCAGUACGAGGCUUUGUGGCGGACUGCCGGCGCAGCAGCCCGGCGUCACCUGCGAUAACGCGGCCGCGCGUUGGCUCCUGAUUGGCGCGCGCACGCAUCACGCAAUCAGGAGCCAAUCAGGCGCAUAACGCAUUUCGUGUGACAUGCUAGUACGAUUUUGAUUGGCGCGCGCACGCAUCACGCAAUCAGGAGCCAAUCAGGCGCAUAACGCAUUUCGUGUGACAUGCUAGUACGAUUUUGAUUGGCGCGCGCACGCAUCACGCAAUCAGGAGCCAAUCAGGCGCAUAACGCAUUUCGUGUGACAUGCUAGUACGAUUUUGGUCCCCAUAAUUUUCAUACCCCGGGCCUAUAUAUGUAAAUCGAUUCUAAAGGAGUAAACUCCAAAAAAAGUGUGUGUGUCCGCUCCGACGCACGACUGGAGUUUACUGGAUAUAAAAAAUUAAACGAAACAAUACGAGAAAUAGUUCUAUAUUACGACAACACGAUACACUACAGAUUAUUAACAAAUUAACGAGACACAAAACAAACGACUAACAAAUAUAUGAAAAUACAAUAAUGAGAGAAACGCGCGAUCAGUACGAGGCUUUGUGGCGGACUGCCGGCGCAGCAGCCCGGCGUCACCUGCGAUAACGCGGCCGCGCGUUGGCUCCUGAUUGGCGCGCGCACGCAUCACGCAAUCAGGAGCCAAUCAGGCGCAUAACGCAUUUCGUGUGACAUGCUAGUACGAUUUUGAUUGGCGCGCGCACGCAUCACGCAAUCAGGAGCCAAUCAGGCGCAUAACGCAUUUCGUGUGACAUGCUAGUACGAUUUUGAUUGGCGCGCGCACGCAUCACGCAAUCAGGAGCCAAUCAGGCGCAUAACGCAUUUCGUGUGACAUGCUAGUACGAUUUUGGUCCCCAUAAUUUUCAUACCCCGGGCCUAUAUAUGUAAAUCGAUUCUAAAGGAGUAAACUCCAAAAAAAAAAAGUGUGUGUGUCCGCUCCGACGCACGACUGGAGUUUACUGGAUAUAAAAAAUUAAACGAAACAAUACGAGAAAUAGUUCUAUAUUACGACAACACGAUACACUACAGAUUAUUAACAAA